AUGUCGGGACCUUCGACCUCAAUUGCUGACAUCAAAGGAGUGAACAAGCUGCAACGUGGACUCAGUUGGACAAGCUCCCGAGUCUUAUGGUCUGGAGGUGGGCUGGUGGACCUGCAGGGCCUCGUCUAUGCCUGGGUCUUCAACAGCACAGGGGCCUAUCGGUUGCCACCACCGGAGGAAUUGCCGAGCUGCCGCUGCCUGGACCCUCAUGGGGAAGCAACCGAUGACAUAGCGAGCUGUGGCAUUGCGCUCUCUGACGCCGCAGUGGUCUACCGCGGCCUUGGGAGAGUCCGCAGGCUGGUCUUCAUUUGGCCGCUGACUCGCAUCAUCAAAAGCCUAGUCGAGGACAAGGAAGCGCGGAUCAACGAGGUCAUGAAGAUGAUGGGCAUGCCUGCAGAAGCCAUCACCUUUGGCUGGUAUCUGACCUAUGGGAUUCUUUGGCUGAUCCCUGCGGCCCUGAUGACCAUCAUCUGCUGGGGGUCGGUGUUUCAGCACAGCAACAAGUUCGUGGUGUUCCUCUUCUUCUGGCUCUUCGGAAUGUGCGUCAUCACGCUCUGCUCUUUCAUCUCAGUGUUCUUUGCCACGGCGAAGAUGGCCAGUGUCGUGGGAGCACUGAUCUUUUUUCUUCUGUACUUUCCCUACAUGUUUGUCACGGACUCCGGCGCGUCCGUCAACACGAAGGUCUUCGCAUCACUGUCGCCGCCGGUGGCGCUCUCCAUAGGUGCCGGCCUCAUCGCUCAACUCGAGAGUGCUGGUGAAGGAGUGCGGUUCUCCACCCUCAACGAGAUGAUCGACAACUCCUCCAUGGCCCAAGUUCUGGCGAUGCUGCUGGUCGACACGCUACUCUAUGCUGCACUCGCAUGGUACCUCGACAAGGUCCUCGUCGUCGGCUUUGGAACCCGAGAGCGCUGGUUCUUCCCCUGCACGCGGCAGUACUGGAGGCCUCAAACGAGCGUGAUGUCUGAGUCGGAGCUCCAAGAUCUCGAGCAAGGGUUCGACGAUGCGGAGCCGCCGAGCAGGCACGAGGCCGUUCCUGCAUCGAUGUCGGACCAGCGCAGCAUCCUGGUGCGAAAUCUUUGCAAAGACUUCAAGGCAGCGGACGGCAAGACCAUCCAUGCGGUGCGAGAUGUGAACAUGAACCUCUACAGCGGUCAAAUCUUCUGCCUUCUGGGCCACAAUGGUGCAGGCAAGACGACGACCAUCAACAUGCUGAGCGGCAUGCUGCCCGUUUCUUCAGGUGAUGCAAUCGUCUACGGUAAGUCCGUGCAGCGAGAGAUGCACCAGAUUCGACAGAUUCUGGGCGUUUGCCCGCAGCAUGACGUCAUCUGGUCAGAGCUGACGGUGCGAGAGCAUCUGGAGUUCUUUUCCAAGGCGAAAGGUGUCAGUCCGGAGCGCCUGCAAAGCGAGGUGGACGAGCUGAUCCGCGACGUGAAUCUCGAGGAGAAAGAGUUUGCCUUGGCGGGCACUCUCUCCGGCGGCCAAAAGCGCCGGCUCUCGGCCGCGGUGGCCCUCGGUGGAGGUUCCAAGGUCGUCUUCCUGGAC